AUGGCUCGCCACAGCCGCAAAUUCAAAAAUCUUGGAGAGCAAGUCGCCCCCGAGAACCUCAAACAGUUUCUCGAAUAUACAAAGGAGUUUAUUCAAGCUCUGGAAAAAGAGCCCGACGCGAUUCGACCCCUCGAAAGGUUGAUUUCAUACUCGCCAGAUUCUCCAAUCAUUAUCUCAUCCGAUGAUGAUGACUCGCUACGUCAGAUGGACAUCAGAGGGUUUAUGCUGCCCACAUCUACACCGAUGAAAUCAUGGGAAACUCUUCCCAAUUUAACUCUGACCCCGAUAAACCCAGAAAUCAAACGCGAUGAGUCGACGGUGCAAAUUCGCAAUCGAUUAGAUUUCGAUGCGAAUUCAACUAUCGACUCGGUUGAAAAUCUGCAACCAAAGCAACCAAAAUCAUCACUCAUCAACGCUGUGCCAAUCAUCAAUGGCGAACCUUCAACUAAAUCUCGAAAAAGAAAGAAUUCUGAAUCCACCGACAUUCUCCCGGCUAAAAAAUCGAUGACAGAGCAAGUCGACGAGCUGAUGCAGAAAACACUAGACAAAUUCAGCGACAGCGGAUUAGAUUAUCUGAGCGACGCAGAUGUCACUCAGUUUCUUUCCACCCUCGAAAAGGAGGAAAAAAUAAAAGAAGAAAGGUCUAUUGAGCAAGAGCUUGGAAAUGUCAGCUGCUUCGACGAAUUUCUGGAAUUCUGUAACCAGGCCUAA